UGGAGAGUACUGCUCCCUUAUAUACACUUUCCAAGGAGGGGGGAAUGGAUGACUACAUGAAUGAAUGAAAUGCGCAGAAUUGCCGCCCACAUUGUGCAUUGCGGUCACUCUCCAUGCCACUCACUCACUGACUCUUACUCAUCAUGGCGACAGGCUCCCGUCGGACAGAGUCAUCUGAACAAUUCCAUCUACUACAGUACUUGCUACAUACGAUUAUCCCAUGUUGGGCAUCCCCUCUCCCCCUCCCCUCCCAUCUUGGUUGACGUUGCUGAAACAGGAGGAAGGAAGAACAAGAUGUUUGUUGCCGCAACAGAGGCAGCGCAGCAGCGCAGCAGCAUCCGCCCCUCCACUUAUUCGCGUCAACAUGGCCGUACAUGGCGAACAGUGAGAUGUUCGAACCCUCAUCACCCUGUAGAUAAGAGUCACGCUCUGCGUCAUUGGCUGGACGCUUCGUCCAACAUGGCUGGGGAUUUCCCGCAUGGCAUCCGAUGUACGUACAUUACCCUACCGUUGGAGCCUGCAGGAAACGCGAUGGAGUUGGCGAGCCGAUCCUGUUGAUAGUCCUUCAUUCGGUCGUCUGGUAUGUCAACUAGU